AUGCCAUCGACACAACAGACAUCGAUAUCGCACUUGAUGUGCACAUUAGUACCGAAACAGACAUUAAAAGUGUUAUUAUUGACACUAUUGCUGACCGUAACACAGGUGCCGUGGGCUGAGUCGACGAAUACCUGUCCGUCGAUGUGUUCAUGCAUUUGGAGGAAUGGGAAGCAGACGGCGAUGUGUGAGAAGCAGUCGCUGAUAUCGAUUCCGUCGGGCAUAUCGUCGGGCACUCAAGUGCUGUCUCUGAAUAAAAACAAUUUCCAAAUCCUUCCGUCGAAAGUGUUUCAGGAGAGGGGACUCAUAAACCUGCAGAAAGUGUUUCUCGCGGAAUGCAAGUUAGGGGUCAUUGCGGAGGACGCCUUCACCCAACUCACGAACCUCAUUGAGCUCGACCUCAGCGACAAUUUGCUGACACAAGUGCCCACCAAACCGUUGAGGGACGCCUUCAACCUCAGACGCCUCCUCCUCAACCAGAACCCCAUUCAAGUGAUUAAAUCCGAGGCGUUUCUGCCGCUCAAUGGACUCAAGUAUUUGGAUCUCUCAGGUUCGCAAAUCGACCUAAUAGAGCCAGGUGCAUUUCGCGGUUUAGACAAACUGGAGUUCCUGAAGCUGGACUCGAAUCGGUUGACCACUUUGCCGAUCACAGUGGUGGCAGACCUGCCGCCCCUCUAUUCGUUUGAUUUGCACAAAAACCAGUGGAACUGUGACUGUGAUCUGAGGGCAUCGCGGGAAUGGAUGCUCCGAAACAAUGUCCCCCAAUCCAUACCUCCCACCUGUCAAACGCCACAAAGAGUUUCCGGUCUUAUGUGGAACUCAUUAGACAUCGACGACUUUGCUUGCGCUCCAGAUAUCAUCAGUACAGCCACUGAAGUGACCAAAUAUGUCGGCGCCAACGCCACCCUCUCCUGUGUUGUCAAAGGACUGCCACAACCGAAGAUCUAUUGGUAUGUGGACGACGGCUUCUAUAGAAACCUGUCGUCCCAUUUGGUGAGAGGGGAGAAGUUCUUCUUAUACGAGGAGAAGAGCGAAGGGAUCGUCAACUCUAUGCUAACGAUCGCCGGUUUAGAGGAAUCGGAUUCGCAGUCAUUCAUCUGUUCGGCCGAAAAUAGGGCCGGUAUUGCCACGAAAAACUUCACGAUCACAGUAAUGCCGCUCCCCUUCGGAGUGGUGUCCGGCUGGUCGAAGGUCGAGGUGGCCGGCGCUGUGGUCGGCAUACUGUCAUCCCUGGUGUUUAUCUUCGUGUUGGUCACCAUAUUCUUGAUCCGUUCCCGUCGUGCGCACCACCCGCCCGAUGAUAAGCCCUCUCCCAUAUCGGUGCUCAAGAAUCUGUCGCCGGGCGUGAAGUGCGAGUCUUCGGGACUUAAAAGUCAUGUAACGGUCAUUGGAAAGGAUGGCAUCGACAAGAAGCCAGAGAAUGGAAAUCAUAGCUCCGGUUAUGGGUCGGGAGGAAACGGUUAUAACGAAAGUCACUUUACGUCACAAAUGAUGCCAACAAUUGGUUAUCAAAAUCAAAGCCAACUAUCGGUUGGGAACCAAAGUUUUACGCAAUUGGCACCCGAUGUGAGCCAACAGUAUAACUAUAACUACGAUAACUAUCAGGAGGUGUACGACGCGGACGGCUACUGCACGGGUCUGCCGGCCAGUGUAGCCGCACAGGCCUUCCCGCCCUCGUAUCACAACUACCAGAACCAUACGUUCGAAGACGACCAGACCAGUCAGCAAAUGGCUUACGACCCCCAGUCCUAUCCCAUACAAUACCCGAUGUCUACUAAUCAGUACUUACCUCAAGAAUCACUGCCACAGCCAUCCAACCCAUCCAACCCCGCUGUACAGCAACAGUGGAAAAGGAGUCCAACAGUGGCUCAGGUGGUCGGUGCCGGACAGCCUACGGUCGUCCGGUACUCGCCAGACGAGGGUUACGCCGAAGAGCCGGCGCCCUUUCACUUAGAGGGCACUGAAGUCUAG